UUGUUUGUUUGCUGGUAGAAGUGACAGCUGUUUAGCCUGUGUUUAGAGGUUAUGUGCUCCAUGUGUGUUUUUGUUUCACCAACGCAAUGUUGUGCCGACAUUCAGAUUCUUAAUUAAAGAAACCGGAUAAAAGAGGAUUCAUUGUAUCGCUUGUGGUGUGUCUAACACAGAUAUCUCCGAAGUAACAACUCUCAACAAUGGACAAAGACAAGGAGCAGGCUUCAACCAAAAAUCCAAUGGUUUACAUCUGUGGGGAGUGUCAUCAUGAAAAUGAAAUUCGACCCAGAGAUCCCAUCAGAUGCAGAGAAUGUGGCUACAGAAUAAUGUACAAGAAGAGGACCAAAAGAUUAGUUGUGUUUGAUGCCCGCUGAACUGCUGGAUUUCAACAGGAAGAUGUCUUAAGUUUAAUUAAUGUUACAAGAAGACCCCUAAGAAUCGUAUUGUGUAUAAAGUCUUUAUAAAACCUCAUAUGAGGAAAAUAAAAUCUCAAUAAAUGGG